UCUGUGUCGGGUCAGUCAGGGAGGAGGCGCCGAGCUCUGAGCACUGUGGGCUUCCUUUUAAAGUCUCGGGCUUCGGCACUCAGAGAUGGACGAUGAGCCUUCCGACUGUGGUGCUGUCCAUAGCCGAUAUUCCUCUCUCGAUUCACCAUUUUUCAGAACCCUUCAGGCAUAUUUUAAGGGAAGAGGUCUUGAUCUUGUGAGGUUUCCAAAUACUUUCUCCGUGAAUGAAAAUCCCAGACCACUCUCUUUCCGGUCAGAACUUAUUGCUUCUGCAUUUGCAGAUUAUGAAGAGCAGAAAAACUCCUUUCCCGAUUACCUCAAGGCUGAAGUUUCUCCUCAGCGCAGGCGUCUGGCUAUUUUCAAACUACCGAUGAAGCAUCUCAUUAGAAAAAUUCAACCAUGGCCAUGGCUAAACUUUUGUGUGAUUUUUUUCCCCUCCAUUUUUUUGUCAAUUUGUAAUGAUUUUAUUCUGAUUUCCAGAUUUAGAUAUAAAUGGCUUGAGCUGUGGGACAUAUGUGACUUACGUGCAUAUGUUUGGUGUUUUUUUCCGUUCUAUAACCAUAAAUACUGAUGGAGAGCGCUGUGUAUAUUUGCAAGAGUUACAAAAACACCGUAAAUUUAAAAGAAAUGAAGAGCUUCUAGAUUACGUUUCCUUUUAAGCUUGUCUUGUAUGUUCAUUACCUUUUAUCAAUCACUGUUUUCAUUUGCUCAUUUUUGCUCUAGUUUAUUAUAUGUAACAGGGAUUUGGGUUUAACAUAUUUAUCUUUUUCCUUAAAAAAGAUGCAUUCUCACUGUCAACAUACGCUGUUGAAAGACCUCACAGUCUUAUUUUCAUAGCAAGGGAAAGUGAUAAGCAUCCGCAAUUAAGUUAAAAUGGAAGGCAACGAAACAUGAGAUUCCAGGAGUUGCCAGGGUCUCUGGGAGACGUUCUCUGCGACUAUGUCCAGAGGUGGACAUUGUGCUACACCAAAUAUCCUAGCCACGCCUCUGCUCUGGCUCUCCCACACACAACCUCCUCAAGAAGGGAGAGUGGAAAUGGGUGGAUUUCCCUUCUUUUACAGCCAACCCUCACCUCCACCCCAGCUCGGGCCAAAUUACUCUGAUUCUCAUGUUCUCACUUGGAAGAGCCACGUUCCUGUGUCUUUAUGGAGAGCUGCAUUGUUUUCUCUGUGAUUCCUGCGAAAGGAACAUUGUACUAGAAGCAAACAUCAGUGUCUUAAUAACACAUCUGUACAUUCCAAAAUAGUUUUCUGUGGCUUUUUUGUGGAUGACUGAUACUGAAUAUCAACAAUAAAAUAUUUAUACAAGAUCA